GUACCAGAGAAAGUGAAAGUCCCAUCACCCCUCAUUUCCCUGAGAUUAUACGCCGAGCAGGAGAGAGACUCCGAGACACAGGAACUCCUAUAUACAUCCAUAGAGAUAACAAUUACGAUGGAUUGUGGAGAUACCCUCCUACUCACCGCGAUAACAGCGGUUGCUGCGGCAGCGGUAUGCGUAGCCCAGGAUAGGCUCAAGGAUGUUCGGCUCAGACAGACUCGGGUGUUCAGGACACGUACCGUCCUGGAAGAGCUCUCGGACAAUGACGUUGAGGACAUGUUUCAUCUGAACCGUCAGGGGAUCAUGGAGCUGUUCCACCUAAUAGGUGAUGACAUUGAGCCCCUGACGAGGAGAACUCACGCCAUUCCUGCCAUGGUCAGGCUGUUGGCGGUUUUAAACUAUUUGACCACCGGAAAUUUUCAGCCCUCGUGUGCUCACAUCAUUGGGAUCAGUCGCCCCAGUCUUUCUAGGUUCCUGAAACCGGUCCUGAGAGCCAUCAAGAAACAUAUGGGCACAUAUAUCCACUUCCCUAAAACCCCGGAGGAGUGGCAGGAGGUGAAGGACGGAUUUUCCCGCCAAGGAGGGAUGCCAAAUUGCCUGGGAGCCAUAGCCUGUACUCAUAUUGCGCUGAUACCACCACAAAAUAGAGAGGAGCAAUUCCGUAAUAGAAAAGGCUAUCACUCUUUGAAUGUCCAAGUGGUGGUAGACUCCCACCAGCGCAUUAUGAGCAUCGGGUCUGGGUCACCUGGAAGUUGCGAUGAAAACCAUAUCCUGCGGCAGUCAGCUCUUUAUGAUCAAUUCGAACAAGGACAAAUGCCCGAGGGCUGGCUGGUGGGACACUCGGGAUAUGGAUGUCGGCCGUGGCUGAUGACGCCUCUGUUGAACCCACAGACUGCGGCGGAGGUCGGGUACAACGGCGCACAUAGCCGUACCCGUGCGGUGAUGGAGAAGACGUUGGGAGUUUGGAAAUCCACCUUCCGAUGUUUAUCCAAAACCGGCGGCUUCUUACAGCACGCUCCGGAGCUGGUGUCCGACAUCGUCGUCGUGUGCGCCAUUCUACACAACGCUGCUCUUGCCAACCAUGUGGACUUGCCCAUCCGUGGCGAUCUGCAACCAGAAAUACCGGCGCUCCCGGCCACCUCUGAGGAUUCAUCAGAACCGGGGAACCGGGUCCGUCAGGAUCUCAUUCAGGACCAUUUCCAGGAAUCUACAAAGCUGGGUGACUUGUAG